UCUCUUGUAGUGUAUUAAAAUUGUGGCAAGGUACAUUCUCAAUCUCACUCUCUCUCAAUAGUCAAAACUAUAUGCUGUCUAAUUUCCUCAUUCUAUUUUAUGAUUACCUUGACCAAAAUAUUCCCCAUCAAUACUUGUUAAAUUUUCAUCAAUUUCCUUUAAUUCUCUUUGAUUGUAGCGUGUCCUUGAUUCAUUCCAAUUCAGCUUUAGUAUCUUAAAUCUAUCCGACAUUCACAAAACUACACAUCCAAACCAUUAGAACAUACAACCUACUAAAUAUCUUCCACGCCCAGCCAUUAGCAGCAACUAUUGAUUUCACCUCAGCGCAAAGGCUUAAUCACCUCAAAGACUUGCGUGUGCGUUCCAUUUGAAUACAAUCUUAGCAGGAGCUUUUUGGAAGGAAGAACACUCAAAGGUAAGGGCGGUAUUCCGUACAAUUAUAUAUUCAUAAUCUCAUAAGCUAAUUUGAACGUAGAGCCCUUAUCCUAAUAAGAUGAGAAGACUUGAAUAUAAAUAAAAGAAUGAAAUAGAUAACUUUUAUUGCAUUUCAUGUUUGAUGAAAAGGUCUCAUCUUUUGUGGCAUAGCAUGGCAUUAUGAUUUGACUCUCUUGUGCUUUAGAGAAAAUGCUUUGAUGAAUGUGAUGAAUAUUUUGAAAGAAAGUUUGAAUAUCUUAGUUGAUGUUGUGAAAAUGGUGAUGAUUUCAAAGAGUGUGAAUCAUGCAUGGCAUGGCAUGUAGUUGUGUCAUAGGGUGCCGUAAGGGCGAUUUACUCUGGUGCCGUAAGGGCGAUUUACUCUUGUGCCGAGAGAGCCAUUUAUUAUGUGCUGUAAGGGCGAUUUACUUUGGUGCCGUAAGGGCGAUUUACUCUUGUGCCAAGAGGGCCAUUUAUUAUGUGCCGAAAGGGCGAUUUAUUCUUGUGCCAAUUGGGGCGAUAUCUGGAUCAUGGUCAAGUUGCAUCUCAUGCAUCAUUUGCAUAAAGAUCGUAUUUUAAUUUCUAUUAUUUUAUUUUAAUAGUUACCUUUUAAACAUCUUUUCUAUUAAUUAUCUUUUAUUAGCUUAUUUUCAAAAGCAAAUAUACUCAUAUUUUCUAAAGAAUAAGUAACAUUUAAGUAAUGUUUUGGAUUAAAAUCCGGGACGUUACAGAACGUGUCUAAUAUGUUACGCAUUGUUCCCCCUUCUCAAUCCUCAAAUUUGUACUCUCCCCGAAUUCUAACACAGUUUGAUGUUAAAGUAAGAGGAAAGAUAAGAGAAGGGGCAACCAUGGUCGCAUCUAGAACGAGAAUUGUUAGGUAUGGUUGCAUCUCUCUUUCUUCCAUCCUUCCUCGUAUGUUACAUUCUCAAUCUCAUUCACAGUCUUAAUGUUGAUCAUUAUGUUUCUGAAUUCAAUCACAUGCUCAAUAUCAAACUUACCCCACCCAUUUUCAAAUUCGGAAAGAUCUUAGGUUCCCUUGUUAAAAUCAACCAUUUUCACACUGUUAUUUCCCUUUCUCGACUAAUCGAACUCCGAGGAAUUCAAACUGAUAUUGUUAAUUUGAACAUCUUAGUAAACUGUUUCUGCCAACUGGGUCAACUCAAUUAUGCAUUUUCUGUAUUGGCCAAGAUUCUCAAAAUGGGUUAUCAGCCUGAUACCGUAACUUUGACUACACUUAUCAAAGGUCUCUGUCGUAGUGGUCAGGUUAGUUAUGGUACCCUGAUAAACGGGUUAUGUAAAAUAGGAGAAACUAGAGCUGCCUUGUAGGUUCUUAGAAAGAUUGAAGGGUUGCUCGUUAAGCCUAAUGUGGUAAUGUACUCCACAAUCAUUGAUAGUCUUUGUAAAGAUAAGCUCGUAAGUGAUGCGUAUGAUUUAUAUUCUGAAAUGAUUGUCAAGAAAAUUUCUCCUAAUGUUGUCACUUACACGACUUUAAUAUAUGGCUUUUGCAUUGUGGGACGGUUGAAAGAAGCAGUUAAUUUGUUAAAUCAAAUGUUGUUGAAAAACAUCAGUCCGGAGCUGUUAUGAUAAAACAAGGUGUGGAACCUAAUGUUGUUACUUAUACUUCUUUGAUGGAUGGGUAUUUCCUAGUUAAAGAAGUCAACAAGGCCACAUAUAUAUUCAACACUAUUGCUCAAAGGGGAGUGACUCCUGAACUUCAUAGCUACAAUGUCAUGAUUAACGGAUUAUGUAAGAAUAAAAUGGUGAAUGAAGCUGCGAAUCUCUUCAAAGAUAUGCAUUCCAGAAAUAUGACUCCUGAUACAAUAUCAUACAAUUCUCUUAUUGAUGGACUUUGCAAAUCAGGGAGCAUCUCUGAUGUUUGGGAUCUUAUAGAUGAGAUGCAUAAUAGAUGUCAACCGGUUAAUGUGAUCACUUACAAUUCUUUAUUGGAUGCUUUGUGCAAAAACCAUCAGGUUGACAAGGCGAUUGCAUUAUUAAAGAAGAUGAAAGACCAAGGGAUUCAGCCAAAUAUGUAUACAUACACUAUACUUGUUGAUGGGCUAUGCAAAAAUGGAAGACUUGCGGAUGCACGAGAGAUUUAUCAUGAUCUUCUGACUAAGGGUUAUCCUUUAAAUGUUUCGAUGUAUAAUGUGAUGGUUAAUGAGUUUUGUAAAGAAGGUUUAUUUGACGAGGCAUUGUCCUUACUGUCAAAAAUGGAAGACAAUGGUUGCACCCCAGAUGCGAUAACUUACCAAACUCUUAUUUGUGCUUUGUUCGAAAACAACAAGAAUGAUAAGGCUGUUAAACUUCUUCGUGAAAUGAUUGUUAGAGGUCUACUAUAAUGUAAAACUAGGUGAGAUGCUUUCAAGUUAAAAUUUGUUAUUUUGAAUUUCAAAACGACAUCUAAUCUUUAUUUCUUUUCAUAUUGAUAAAAGAUGAUUAGUACAAUUGGUUCCCUGUUACAUUAGUUUUGAUUAAAUGCUGUACUUUGGUAGUGUUCACUAUGAUACUUGGAAGCUGAAUUUUUUAA